AUGUCUGUUGUGGCAGCCUUGAAGCAGUAUGCAGAGGAUAGAAAUAUGGUGAUUCUCUGUGGUGCUCUCAAUGAUGUUCUGGACACUAAAUCCCAGAGAAAUGUCCUGACACAUAUAAGACUUCUCAUACCACCUGUAAAAAGGCCACAGUUUGAUGAACUGAUGAGCUUCAACAGAUCUCAGCUGAUGCCUCUGAACAAUGACUCUACUGGUACGGUGUCUGCUGAAAUUGCACAUCAUUUGGGACACAGAAAGGUAUUUCAAGUGGUGCGGGAAGCAGACAGUUUUGGUUUUGUUAUUAGAUCCAGCUGCCCUGCAUUCAUAGAGUCAGUCGAUCCAGGAGGGGCUGCUGAGAAGGCAGGUCUUCAGGCAGGGGACUACCUCAUCAAGUUGAAUGGCAUAGAUGUCAGAGAGACUGAUCAUGACAGACUGAUAGAGCUUCUACGAGACAGUGGAUCGUCCCCAACUUUAGAAGUACUAAGAUGUGGAAAAGCGGCAAGUAGCAGUAACAGCACAGUGUCAUCAUCAUCCUCUUUAUCAAGUCACAGUUCGGUAGACAACAUUCUUUUUGGUGGCGCUAUCACAGAUAAGGAUGGAAACACUUUUACUGAAAAGGCUCAGUUUCUCUUGACGCCAAAAGAGCAGAACAUUCUGAAGAGAGCUAUAAGGAAUUAUAUCAUUAAAAAAGACAUCAUUGAACUGCAUCGUUCCGUUUCCGCCAUCUUAGAUGCUCCUUCGAAAAGGAUGUUGUGGACUUUUGUAUUUGUCUUGCUAUCGACCCCUCAUAGAGAAUAUGUAUCACAUCAUGUCAACAUACCUUUUGAUAUUCUAAUGGCAGAGAAAAAAGCAAACCUUGACAGUGACAAACCUGACUUAGAAGAUUUUCCUCCAUCUUUUGAGCAACAUGCAGACUUUUUACUUACAAAUGCAGAGAAGUUUCAGUUCAAGAAAAGUUUGGAAAUGUACAAGAGAAAUCAGUAA